GCUGAAGAGCUUAUAUAUACAACUCUAACUCCAAUCUAUACCGCAACCAAAGCCAGUUCAGAGAAAAUGGCCGUGCCUCUAAUCUCGAAGAAGAUCGUGAAGAAGAGAGUGAAGAGGUUCAAGAGACCUCAGAGUGACCGCAAGAUUUCCGUCAAGCCUAGCUGGCGUAGACCGAAGGGUAUAGAUUCUCGUGUUAGAAGAAAAUUCAAAGGAUGUGUUUUGAUGCCAAACAUUGGUUAUGGGUCAGACAAGAGGACUCGUCACUAUCUCCCUAACGGUUUCAAAAAAUUUGUUGUUAGCAACGUGAAGGACUUGGAAUUGCUCAUGAUGCACAACAGGACUUACUGUGCCGAGAUUGCACACAAUGUAUCAACAAGAAAGAGGAAGGAUAUAGUUGAGAGAGCUGCGCAGCUUGAUAUUGUCGUGACAAAUAAAACCGCCAGAUUACGCAGCCAGGAGGAUGAAUAGUCACUUUCUCUCAGUGAUUGUAAUGAUACCUGGAUAUCGGAUUUGGAUACUGUUUUUAAUUUGUUCUUUAAGGAAUUGUAAUAUGAUGUACAAUUAAAUUAUUAAUUGAUGACAUGUUGAUUAUUUGGA